AUGGUCAAGUCGUACCUGCGCUACGAGCGCUCGUGCGCCUUCGGCGUGAUCGCGUCCGUCGAGGGCAACGUCAUCUACGACGCCAGCGGUCGCUUUGCCAUUGCGCCGGCGCUCGAGGCGGCGGCCGUGUGGAACAUCCGCCAGGGCAACAAAGUGCGGGACCUCGAGGCGUCCGAACGCAUUGGCAGCGGUCAAGUGACUGCAUUGGCGCUCAGUCCGGACGGCCUCAACGUGGCGUGUGGGUACUCUUCGGGCGUUGUCCGCGUGUUUACCUUUGCGGCGGGUGCGCUCGUUGUGACGCUGGACGGGCACAAGAGCGCUGUCGAGACGCUGACGUACCGCUCGGACGGCGCGGAACUGGCGUCCGGGUCUCGGGAUACCGACGUGAUUGUGUGGGACCUGGUGAGCCAGACAGGCCUGUUUCGGCUCAAGGGGCACAAGGACGCUGUGACGGCAGUGGCGUUCUUGACGCCCAGGACACUGGUCUCGAGUUCCAAGGACACGCUCGUGAAGGUCUGGGACUUGGACACGCAGCACUGUGUGCAGACGUGUGUGGGUCAUCGGAAUGAAGUGUGGUCGUUGGCUCGGAAUGUCAAGGGAGAUCGACUCGUGACGGGUGCAUCGGACAACCAGCUGCGAGUGUGGAGCGUCCAGCAUGAUGAUGGUGACGAGGGCGAGAUUGUCAAGCUGCUGGGCUCUAUCUAUCGACAGAGCACUGGUCGCGUGUCGAGCGUGGCGUACAAUGUGAAGGGCGACUUGGUGGGGGUACAAAGUGCAGGGAAGACGGUUGAGGUCUACCGCGUGCGGUCAGCAGACGAGAUCAAGAAGAAACGCCAACGUCGUGAAAAGCGACAGCGUGAGAAGGCGAAAAAGAAGCAGCAGCAGCAGGUCGACGAAGGUGGAAAGAAGAGCAAGACACUGGCGCUGCAUAAAGCUCAAGGAACGAAGGAGGAGGAGGAAGACGCAGCGGAUAACUUGGCUACGGACGAACUGGAGCUGCUUUGUGUGGUGCGCUCGUCGCACCGUGUCAAGUCGUUUGCUUUCUCUCCAGACGUUGCAAAGGACGGCACCACGUCCUUGAUGCUUGGAUUGCAGAACAACAGUAUUGAGACGUACACGCUCUCGCCAAGUGCGACAGCGCUUGAGAACCGAUACGGAAAGUCGCACGUCCUUACGUUGAGUGGGCACCGAUCGGAUGUGCGCCAAGUGGCGAUCAGCUCGGAUGACCAGCUCAUCUUGUCGCUUUCAGGUGCAUCUGUGAAGAUCUGGAACGCUCGCUCCCUGCAGUGCAUUCGCACGUUGAGUGACGGUCUAUCGCUUGCUCUGUCGGCGGUGUUUGCGCCAGGGAAUAUGCAUGUUGUUGUGGGCACGAAGCUUGGUCAGCUGCUGCUCUUCGAUCUGAACUCAGGCGAGUGCAUCUGGAAAGACGAGGAAGCUCACAACGGUAGUGCUGUGUGGUCGAUCGACGUACGUCCUGACGGACGUGGUAUUGUUACUGGCGGUGCUGAUCAGCGCGUGAAUUUCUGGGACUUUGAGAUGCUUCGUCUCGAUAAUGCGGAGCAGAACAGUGCGUUGCGUCUAGGUCUCUCGCAUACUCGCAUGCUCAAGAUGUCGGAUGACGUGUUGUGCGUCCGCUUUAGCAACACAAAGGACUCGAAGAAGUUGGUUGUCGCAGUGGCAUUGCUGGACUGCACGGUCAAGGUGUUUCACAAUGACUCGCUGAAGUUCUUUGUGAGCCUGUACGGCCACAAGCUGCCAGUCAUGUCGAUGGACAUUUCCUCCGACGACGCUAUGCUGGUGACGGCAUCUGCGGACAAGAAUGUGAAGUUGUGGGGGCUCGAUUUUGGCGAUUGUCACAAGUCCAUCUUUGCACACCAGGACAGCAUCAUGUGCGUGCGUUUCGUCCACAAGACGCACUACUUCUUUACGGCAUCGAAGGACAAGUCGAUCUGCUACUGGGAUGGCGAUCAUUUUGAGCGUAUUCUCAAGAUCGAUGGCCAGCAUUUUGGUGAGAUUUGGGGUCUUGCAGUGAGCAGCGAUGGCAGCUUUGUGGUGAGUUGUUCGCACGAUCGCUCGCUGUGCAAGUACGUCCGCACGGAGGACCAGGUGUUUAUUGAGGAGGAGAAGGAGAAAGAGAUGGAGCAGCUUUUUGAGGACGAGCUGACAUCCAGUAGCACCAGCAAGGGACCUGCUCUGGGCAAGGAAAAGGGUGAAGCUGGUGAGGAGGCCCAUGACGCUUCAGCUUCUGCUGCUAAACGCACCAUUGAGUCCGUUCGUGCGGGCGAGAGUCUGAUGGAAGCCAUUGAUCUGGCUGAAGCCGAGUUGGAGGCGAUAGCUGACUUUGCAAGAGUGCAGAAGAAGAAGUUAAGAGAGGCUGCCGCGGCUGCUAAAAAGCGCAAGCAGGAGAAGAAAAAGAUUGUUGAAGAGGCGAAAGCGGGCGUCUUGCCUGCAACGGAAGACAAGAAAGAGGAUGGGUGCGCAGAAUCGAGCAAGCUGAAGAAGGCAAGUCGUCCGCCGAACAUGCUGCUCCUGGGCUACUCGCCGCUCAAGUACGUGCUGCACACGCUGCGGCGUAUCCGGCCGCAUGACAUGGAGGAGGCACUGAUCGUGUUGCCGUUCGACUAUGUGGAGCGUGUGAUUCGGCUGCUGCUGCAGUUGAUCUCGAGUCACUUGGAAGUGGAGUUUUGCUGUCGCAUUUUGCUCUUUUUGCUCAAGCUCCACAACUCGGCCAUUUGUGCGCGCGUGGGUCUGUUCAAUGAGCUCGAGCUGUUGUGGCAGCGCUUGCGUUCGCAACUGGUGGAAAACAAGAGCCGCAUUGGCUUCAAUUUGGCUGGUCUCAAGUAUUUAAAACGUAUGGUUGACGAGGAACGGACGGGGUUUGUUCAGGAAAUUGCUGCGACAUCCACUAGCCGCUCGAAGAAGAAGCGUAAGGUUGUUGACGCGAUACCAGCUGCAGUUUAG